AGAAGGUGACCUUUUAUGGACAACGCGAGCAGUCCCGCGUGCGCGAAUAAAAACCGGCGCUGUUUGGCUCGAGAUGCAGCAUUCCAGCACAGCUGUGACAGGUAAACACUCGCAAGACUUCAUCGGCAGACACACCCGAGACUCACCUGCACAGCCAUGGAAGAUGACGUUGCAGCCCUCGUUGUUGACAAUGGCUCCGGCAUGUGUAAGGCCGGUUUUGCCGGAGACGAUGCUCCCCGUGCCGUCUUCCCCUCCAUCGUUGGUCGCCCUAGACAUCAGGGUGUGAUGGUGGGAAUGGGACAGAAGGACAGCUACGUGGGAGACGAGGCCCAGAGCAAGAGGGGCAUCCUGACCCUGAAGUACCCCAUCGAGCACGGCAUCGUCACCAACUGGGAUGACAUGGAGAAGAUCUGGCAUCACACCUUCUACAACGAGCUCCGUGUUGCCCCAGAGGAGCAUCCCGUCCUGCUGACCGAAGCUCCACUCAACCCCAAGGCCAACAGGGAGAAGAUGACCCAGAUCAUGUUCGAGACGUUCAACUGUCCUGCCAUGUAUGUGGCCAUCCAGGCCGUCCUAUCGCUGUACGCCUCCGGUCGUACCACAGGUAUUGUGAUGGACUCCGGUGACGGUGUCAGCCACACUGUGCCCAUCUAUGAGGGUUAUGCUCUGCCUCACGCCAUCCUGCGUCUGGACCUGGCUGGAAGAGAUCUGACCGACUAUCUGAUGAAGAUCCUCACAGAGCGAGGCUACAGCUUCACCACCACUGCCGAGCGUGAGAUCGUGCGUGACAUUAAGGAGAAGCUGUGCUACGUGGCUCUGGACUUUGAGCAGGAGAUGCAGACAGCUUCAGCCUCUUCCACCCUGGAGAAGAGCUACGAGCUUCCUGAUGGACAGGUCAUCACUAUCGGCAACGAGAGGUUCCGUUGCCCCGAGACUCUCUUCCAGCCUUCAUUUAUUGGAAUGGAGUCCGCCGGCAUCCACGAGACGACCUACAACAGCAUCAUGAAGUGCGACGUGGACAUCCGUAAGGACCUGUAUGCGAACACCGUGCUCUCCGGUGGCACCACCAUGUACCCUGGCAUCGCUGACCGCAUGCAGAAGGAGAUCUCCGCCCUGGCCCCACCCACUAUGAAAAUCAAGAUCAUCGCUCCCCCAGAGAGGAAGUACUCCGUCUGGAUCGGCGGCUCCAUCCUGGCCUCCCUCUCCACCUUCCAGCAGAUGUGGAUCAGCAAGCAGGAGUACGAUGAGUCUGGCCCCUCCAUCGUCCACCGCAAGUGCUUCUAGAAAGCUCCCUGUC